UAAAUUGUGCACCUUGCUAUGUGCCCACCAGUCUCCGCCUCAUCACCGCACUCCUGCGCUGGACGAAGCGCUUAUUGAACUUGGAUAAAUAAUCAGUACGUCAUGAUUGCUCUGCCUUUCAGUAGGGCUUUGUGAAUAUCGCGCUCGCAGUUGGAAGCAAACGAGUCUGGUUUUCUUCCGUAAAUCGGCAGCGAGAGAAUACGUGUCUCACUCGUCGGCCCCCGUGCUGGUGAGGAGACCCGGCGCAGAACCGCCUGCCCCCGGUGUUGCUCUGGCGUCGCUCCCCGGGCUUGAAUCCCCCGCUUCUCCGGCCGGGACGUCAUUUCCAGGUGCCUUUGCGUGUGUGGGCAAGGAGAGGGGGGAGAGAGGGAAUAUAACGGGAGACGGGGAGAGCGGCUGGAAGGGCUUGCUUGUGAAUUAAUUCGCUCAAGGAAGAAGAUAAUACUGGUACAACUCUGACACCGUCGCCGGAAUCCAUUGCGACUAGUCCCACCUGAGGUCGAGGGGCAGAGCGGAGGCGAGCCGAAAACACAGGCGAGCAACUCCGUGCCAGGAUGCAGAGGGAUAGGCGGCGGGCCUGCUGGCGCUCUGGCGGCGGCUGCAGCCGCGGUGUGUACCGGGCGAGGGCCCCGGGCUCGCUGGGGCCCAGGCGGGCACCGCUGCUCCUCCUGUCGGCGCUGUUCGUCUUCGUGGCCGGGCUUCCUGCUCCGUGCGAGGGGAAGGAGUGCGACAAGCCCUGCCUGAACGGGCAGUGCAGCACGGCCGUGGGAUACUGCCAGUGCGACCCCGGCUGGGUGGGGGACCAGUGCCAGCACUGCGGGGGCAGAUUCAGGCUGACGGGCUCCUCUGGGUUUCUGACGGACGGCCCAGGGAACUACAAGUACAAGACCAAGUGCACCUGGCUGAUCGAGGGACAGCCCAACACCAUCCUCAGGCUGCGGUUCAACCACUUCGCCACGGAGUGCAGCUGGGACCACCUGUACGUGUAUGACGGAGACUCCAUCUACAGCCCCCUGCUGGCAGCCUUCAGUGGCCUGAUCGUCCCUGAGCGUUACUCCAAUGAGACUGUGCCAGAGGUGGUGUCCAAGUCUGGAUUUGCUCUGUUGCAUUUCUUCAGUGAUGCGGCCUACAACCUCACUGGCUUCAACAUCUCCUACAGAAUCAACGCCUGCCCCAAUAACUGCUCUGGGCAUGGGGUCUGCCAUGCGGACUCGGGGGGCGUGGGGGUGUCCUGCCAGUGUGCGGAGCACUGGAAGGGCGAGGCCUGCGAUGUGCCCUACUGCCAGCAGGACUGCGGCUUCCCCAAGCGUGGCGCCUGCCAGCCCAACAGCACCAGGGGCUGCCUGUGCCACGCCGACUGGCAAGGUCCAGACUGCUCCGUCCCCAAGCCGGCCAACCAGUCCUUCUGGCGGCGCGAGGAGCACGCGGUGCGCAGCCUGGCCCGUGCCUCGCACAAGGCUGCGGUGGACGGCGGCGUCAUGUGGGUGAUUGGGGGAUACAUGUUCAACUACUCGGACUAUGAGAUGGUGAAAGCGUACAACCUGAGCUCUCAGGAGUGGCUGCCCCUGAACCAGACGGUGAACUCUGUCACGGGGAGAUACGGCCAUUCCUUGGCCUUGUACAAGAAUAAGAUCUACAUGUAUGGUGGGAAGAUCGACUCCACAGGGAACAUCACCAACCAGCUGUGGGUGUUCCACGUGCGGAACCAGUCCUGGGUGCUGCUGAGCCCCCGAGCCAAGGAGCAGUACGCUGUGGUGGGGCACUCUGCCCAUGUGGUGCAGCUGGCGCAGGACCAGGCAGUGAUGCUGGUCAUCUUCGGACACUGCCCGCUGUACGGCUACAUCAGCAAGGUGCAGGAGUACAGCAUCGCUACCAACACCUGGAGGAUUGUGAAAACCAGUGGGGCCCUUGUGCAGGGGGGGUAUGGCCACAGCAGUGUCUACGACCCCAAGACCAGAGCCAUCUACAUCCACGGUGGCUACAAGGCCUUCAGCGCCAACAAGUAUGGGCUCGCGGACGACUUGUACAAGUACGAGGUGGACACCAGCAUGUGGACCAUCCUGAAGGACAGUGGCUUUUUCCGCUACCUGCACACGGCGGUCAUCGUGAGCGGCUCCAUGCUGGUGUUCGGCGGAAACACUCACAACGACACUUCCAUGAGCCAUGGCGCCAAGUGCUUCUCCUCCGACUUCAUGGCCUACGACCUCGCCUGUGACGAGUGGUCCGUGCUGCCCCGACCGGACCUGCACCAUGACGUUAACCGUUUCGGACACUCGGCCGUCUACAGCAGCAGCACCAUGUACGUGUUCGGAGGCUUCAACAGCCUGCUGCUGAGCGACGUGCUGAUGUUCACUCCUGCCAGCUGCUCGGCUUUCUCCAGCGACCAGGCCUGCCGCUCGGCCGGGCCGGGGAUCCGGUGUCUGUGGAACAGCAGCACUCAGGCCUGCCUGCCCUGGGAGGCCGCCAGCGAGCCGGAGGAGCGCCGAAUCCAGGCCAGCUGUCCUGCCAAAGCCUAUGCUGACAAAGAGAAGUGUGACCAGUACACAGACUGCUAUAGUUGCACAGCCAACACCAACGGCUGCCAGUGGUGCGCAGACCAGUGCAUCUCCAUGAGCAACAACUGCACUGCGGCCUCGGGUGCCAUCGCAGAGUACGAGAUGUGCCCGAAGGACAACCCUGAGUUCGUCUGCAACAAGAAGACCAGCUGUAAGAGCUGCGCCAUGGACCACAACUGCCAAUGGGAGCCGCGCAACCAGGAGUGCAUCGCCCUGCCCGAAAAUAUCUGCGGGGAGAACUGGCACUUGGUUGGCAACUCGUGCCUGAAGUUCACCACAACCAAGGACAGCUACGACAACGCCAAGCUGCAGUGCCGGAGCUACAACGCCGUGCUGGCGUCCCUCACGACGCAGAAGAAGGUGGAGUUUGUGCUGAAGGAGCUGCAGAUCAUGCAUGUGUUGUACAAGGCGACUGUGACGCCCUGGGUGGGUCUGCGCAAGAUCAACAUCUCGUACUGGUGUUGGGAGGACAUGUCCCCCUUCACUAACACGUCCCUGCAGUGGCUGCCAGGGGAGCCCAGCGACGCCGGGUUCUGUGGGUACCUAGCCGAACCCUCGCCCAGCGGGCUGAAGGCGGCCACUUGCGUUAACUCCGUCAACGGCAGCCUGUGUGAGCGCCCAGCGAACCACAGCGCCAAGCAGUGCCGCACACCCUGCGCCCUGCGCUCUGCCUGCACGGAGUGCACCAGCAGCAGCUCGGAGUGCAUGUGGUGCAGCAACAUGAAGCAGUGCGUGGACUCCAAUGCCUACGUGGCCUCCUUCCCCUUCGGCCAGUGCAUGGAGUGGUACACCAUGAACAGCUGUCCCCCUGAGAACUGUUCUGGUUACCGGACCUGUGGGCAGUGCCUGGACCAGCCGGGCUGUGGCUGGUGCACAGAUCCCAGUAACACGGGCAAGGGCCAGUGCAUCGAGGGUUCCUACAGGGGGCCGUUCCAGCCCCCCAGCUCUGCCUCCUACCAGGAGCCUGCCCUCAACGUCACCAUGUGCCCCUCAGAGAACAAGUACAACUGGUCCUUUAUUCACUGCCCAGCCUGCCAGUGCAACGGGCACAGCAAGUGCGUCAACGAGAGCGCGUGCGAGAAGUGUGAGGACCUCACCACGGGCCGACACUGCGAGACGUGCAUCUCUGGGUACUACGGAGACCCCACCAACGGGGGCACCUGCCAGCCUUGCAAGUGUAACGGUCAUGCCAGCAUGUGUAACCCCCACAAUGGGAAGUGCUUCUGCACCACCAAAGGGAUCAAGGGAGAUCGCUGUCACCUGUGUGAGGUAGAGAGCCGUUACCAAGGCAACCCCCUCAAAGGCACCUGCUAUUAUACCCUGCUCAUCGAUUACCAGUUCACCUUCAGCCUGUCCCAAGAGGAUGAUCGCUACUACACGGCCAUUAACUUUGUUGCCACACCGGAGGAGCAAAAUCGGGACCUGGACAUGUUCAUCAAUGCAUCAAAGAACUUCAAUCUCAACAUUACUUGGGCGACCAGUUUUGCAGCUGGCACACAGGCAGGUGAGGAGAUCCCCAUAGUCUCCAGGAGCAACAUCAAGGAAUACAAGGACAGUUUCUCCAACGAGAAGUUCGACUUCCGCAACAAUCCCAAUAUUACCUUCUUUGUGUAUGUCAGCAACUUCACCUGGCCAAUUAAAAUCCAGCAUCCAGUCAAGAGGAGUUACAAGAGGAGUUAAGAAAUCAGCCUUUCUUAAUAUCCAUGUCUCCCUUCCCAUCGUCUCCGGCAGCAAAUCUCUAAAUGUAAGAAUCAAUAUGUUCCAAAGGUUUUAAUGGAGCGUUAUGGUCUAUAUUUAGACUGUAACACUGGGCGCAAGAAAGUCUUUGAACUGGAAGAUUUUAAAGACAACUGGUGCGCACUCCUUUUAGUGUGAAAUACCACUCUGCAGUUUUACACUGUACUGUUAGCUAUGAUAUUAAUGAGAGAAAAAUCUGAUAACUAACAUCUUGCAUCUGGUGUCUUUAUAAGCAGAUGUUGAGAUUCCUCUCAGCAGGCAUAGUUUCUUUAAGGCUUUUGCAAAUGUGUUAGCAAUGCGAAAUCUUGGGGUUUACACUGCAUUGCCCAGGGCAAAGUGUUGUAGUAAGGAGGACUACACAUGCAGUGUUGCAUCCAAGCUGUUGGCCCAGCCUUGCAGUGCAUUGUGUGAGAGCUGGCAGAUCUCAUCCUGCUUGGUGCUCUGCUGGCUAUCCUUCUGCUGAGAGAAAACAACUGGCAUUUAUGUACAGUAGAAAUGUACCUGAUGUCUCUCAAUGCCUCACCAGAAUGGCUCUGCCACCAUUUGAUCUUCCCAGUAAAACUGCGUGCAUGACAGGGCUGUUUUUUGUGCAUAACUUUCUUUGCAGAUGUCCUUGAGUCCUAGAACAAUGAUCAUCCUCUUCCUUAGACAAUGCCAUGUGUCAUGGCCUUAGGGCUUACAACUAUCAGAGACCUCUACAUUGUCUCCAUAAAUUGUCUUAAGCUGAACUUUAUUGGAAAAAACUGAGAUAGGACUAGGUUUUGAAAUGGGAAACACAAAAGCCAUGUUUUUUUUAUUUAUUUUGGUAACUCAAUUGAGAACAACUUCUCAUUUACACUGUUAACCCGGAGUCCCUGUUCUGCAACAGGGUGUGUAACUUGAGCAGUCUGGGUCAAGUACCCAGGAGAAGGGUAAAACAACUAACCUUCCAGUGAUUCAGAAGAAGUUUGCUUUGCUUAAACUGAGAGCUUGCAUUCUGUAAGCUGUGUUUGCAAAUUCAGAAAUGAAGGAGAGUGACACAUGUGUUAAAUAAUUCUUUGUGUUAAAGUGUCUGUCUGACACCUGUCAAGAAAAGCUACACACAACACCUUUUCUGCAAGGAGGGCAGAUUGAUCUUGUAAAGAGAAUCAAGCCUGGUACUAUAUUGGUGGAAAUGAAUGUUGGAAGCUAUGAAAACAAGUUGCUAGCAUGUUGCAGCCCAACAAUUACAGUUCCCUCUGUUGAAUCUGGCAGCCCGAUGAUUGCACUGUUGAACUACUAUGUCCAACAGAGGCGUUUCUGCUGAGCUGUUAGGAUUGAGUUCCUUGGCUGUGAGAUGUAAAGAAUCUGAUUUACCAUUAGUGUUCCUGAGUUUCCUGACCUGAACUGAACCCAGUACCAGUAUGAGGGACUAGAGCACUAGUGUUCACUGAUAAAACCUCUUGCUCCAACAAAAUUGCAACUGCAUGGGCUGGGCCUGUGUUCUUUAGCUAUAAUGGUAAAUGUAUUUUCUGGAUGCCUCUCUGCUGGAUGUCCUCACAAUAUUGAAUGUAACGGGGUACCACAGAUAGGAAUUUGACCUGUUGGUUUUUGUGCUCUUCCUAGAUGUUUUCUGAAACGUACCAUUCAAAAGCAUUCAAACAUAUUGUGAACAAGGAGGGGAGGGUGUAUUGUUGUUCAACUACAAAUACAUCCCCCAAAAACAAGAGAAAAGCCUAUUUUUGUCAAUUGCUUAUUGUAUUGUUGUUCAACUACAAAUACAUCCCCCAAAAAGAAGAGAAUAGCCUAUUUUUGUCAAUUGCUUAUUAAAGCAAAUACCAUGGCAUAGAAAUAUCUUAACAGCAGAUGUUUAACACCAUGAGUAUUUCUUAGCAUUGUUACAGAUACAGUACUUUGUGAUUUCUACAGGCAUUAUGUAAAACAGGAGCGUAGAAAGCUGACCGUUUGACAAGCAGGCUGAUUGUCUAGCCUUGGAAUACCUUUCAAUAAAAACAAUUUUAUAAAUUUUUAGAAAUGAACUAUUCUUGCCAGCAAAUGAUGGAUGUUUGCUUUGAGGUCCAUUCACAUCCUCUUGUGUAUAACUUUCUUUUGUUCUUGGGUUUUUUAGACACUGACUGUCUUCAAUUUGAAUAAAGGGAGCAGUAACAGACA